AAAUGAGACCUCGACGGCAGAGCUCUCCACAGCGAAGCCUGGAACUUUGCGAAAUCUGCACGUGACGCCACAGUCACACAGCGCGACAGAGCCCUCUACGUCAUCGUUCCGCGACGCCGACGCGGUGAGAUGACGCCCUCCCGGAAGUGGCCUCUAGGUCGGUAUGUGAAACUGGCAGUCGACGGCUCCUGGGACCAGAGCUCGCGAGGUAGCCCCUGGACUAUCUUUCUACGUAUUCUCUUGAUCCUGCCGACGUCUUCCAGAUCCGCGUAGUGAGGAAUCGUCUCCACCAUCAUGGGAGGCGGAGACCUGAAUCUGAAGAAGAGCUGGCACCCGCAGACCCUCCGGAAUGUGGAGAAAGUGUGGAAGGCCGAGCAGAAGCAUGAGGCUGAGCGGAAGAAGAUUGAGGAGCUUCAGCGGGAGCUGCGAGAAGAGAGGGCCCGGGAAGAGAUGCAGCGUUAUGCCGAGGAUGUUGGGGCCGUCAAGAAAAAAGAAGAAAAGUUGGACUGGAUGUACCAGGGUCCUGGUGGAAUGGUGAACCGUGAUGAGUACCUGCUGGGGCGCCCCAUUGACAAAUAUGUUUUUGAGAAGAUGGAGGAGAAGGAGGCAGGCUGCUCUUCUGAAACAGGACUCCUCCCAGGCUCUAUCUUUGCCCCAUCAGGUGCCAAUUCCCUUCUUGACAUGGCCAGCAAGAUCCGGGAGGACCCACUGUUCAUCAUCAGGAAGAAGGAGGAGGAGAAAAAACGAGAGGUAUUAAAUAAUCCAGUGAAAAUGAAGAAAAUCAAAGAAUUGUUGCAAAUGAGUCUGGAAAAAAAGGAGAAGAAGAAGAAGAAGGAGAAGAAAAAGAAGCACAAGAAACAUAAGCACAGAAGCUCGAGUAGUGAUCGUUCCAGCAGUGAGGAUGAGCACAGUGCAGGGAGAUCUCAGAAGAGGAUGGCAAAUUCCUCCCCUGUUUUGUCCAAAGUCCCUGGAUAUGGCUUACAGGUCAGGAACUCUGACCGUAACCAGGGUCUUCAGCGUCCUCUGACAGCCGAGCAAAAGAGAGGGCAUGGGAUGAAGAACCAUUCCAGAUCCAGAAGCUCCUCCUACUCACCCCCCAGACAUGCCAGCAAGAAGAGCACCAGGGAAGCAGGGUCCCGGGACAGGAGGUCCCCGGGCAGAAGGUCAUGGUCCCCAAGGCCCAGCAAACCGCACAACUCUAAGGUGAACAGGAGAGAAACAGGCCAAACUAGGAGCCCAUCACCUAAAAAGGAGGUCUACCAAAGGCGACAUGCUCCCGGAUAUACCAGAAAACUCUCCGCAGAGGAAUUAGAGCGAAAACGGCAAGAGAUGAUGGAAAACGCCAAAUGGCGGGAGGAGGAGAGACUUAACAUUCUCAAGAGGCACGCUAAAGAUGAGGAACGGGAGCAGAGGCUAGAGAAGCUGGACUCCCGGGAUGGGAAGUUCAUCCACCGCAUGAAGCUGGAGAGUGCAUCUACUUCCUCCCUGGAGGAUCGGGUGAAGCGGAAUAUCUACUCUCUACAGAGAACUUCGCUAGCUCUGGAGAAGAACUUUAUGAAAAGAUGAAAACUGUCCCCUCUCUUAUUGGUUUUCCUGCAUUUUCCAGGGAAGCUGCUGACCCCUUAAUUCUCUUUAUAAGAGUUCGAAUGACUUCUUUCACAGAUAUCAAACCACAACUGUUCAAAGUGACCCUGCUCCAUCGAGUCCUGGAACAGCUCACUUCCUUUGUGAGCUAGUGUAACUUGCUUUGUGGGACACUCAGUAACUUUGGGUUUUGACUCUUUAAUGGGUGGGCACUGGACCAUCUUGGUGGGAGUGCUUGUGUCGCUCUGGAAGGCUGUUCCCUGGGGUUGUGAUGUUUAUCAUGCCGCUUCCUUCUUACCUGUGCCAACAGACCUAUUUCACUGCCUCAGUGUACACCAGACCCUUCAGAAACCUCUCUGAGACAAAUUCAUGUUUACUUGAUUCAGAAGAUAGUGUUGCCGGGCGUGGUGGCUCAUGCCUGUAAUCCCAGCACUUUGGGAGGCCAAGGCAGGUGGAUCAUGAGGUCAGGAGAUCGAGACCAUCCUGGCUAACAUGGUGAAAACCCAUCUCUA